GGUCAUGAGGCUCAGCCCAUAUCGGAUUCGCUGAAGAAGGAUAGAUUAAACUGGCAUGUACAGUCUACGUUGUCUGCCAAAGCAGCACUUAGCUUUCAGAUGAAUUAGAUUGAUCUUCUCUUCUCUGCAGUAAUACACUUGAGGAGACAAAGGAACUGGAAAAACAGACAAUAUUUACUUUAGUAAGGAUCCUGGACUGUGCAGCAGAAUGGAAGGACAGAAUAUUGGUUAUGAAACUAUAGGGGACUGUAGAUGGAUCCUCGUGCAAAAGCCCAUGUUUUGCGUUGACAAAAUUAUUUCUUUAAGGCAGUUUUUGUGAUCCUGUUGCUAGGAUUAAGCUUUUUGCAUUGCAGCAUGGAGCCUUUUGUUUGAGUUAAAUUCAGACCUCUCGAUAUGUCACCUGACAGUCUUGUGGUUUUGGAUGAAUAUGGCUCAUUGCUAUUAUUAACCUGGGUUGGCAGCUGGGCGUAACAGGAGUUUUAUAGGGAUUUUGAAAAGUGGAACUGCUCGGGGGAUAAAGAUGCUUUCCAGCUGGCCUUUACCAGAGUUUGACCCAAGUCAGAUCCGACUGAUUGUGUAUCAGGACUGUGAAAGAAGAGGGCGGAAUGUCUUAUUUGACUCCAGUGUCAAAAGGAAAAGUGAGGAUGUACCUGUGUCGAAACUCUGCAGUGAUGCUCAGGUGAGAGUCUUUGGGAAAUGCUGCCAACUGAAGCCUGGUGGAGACAGUUCUUCAUCUUUGGACAGUUCAAUCAACUCAUCCUCCUCCUCUUCGGAUGCAAAAGAGCAAUGUCCAAAAUAUCAGGGUUCUCGGUGCUCCUCUGAUGCCAAUAUGCUUGGAGAGAUGAUGUUUGGUUCUGUGGCCAUGAGUUAUAAGGGCUCCACAUUGAAAAUUCACCAGAUCAGGUCCCCUCCUCAGCUCAUGCUUAGUAAAGUUUUUACAGCCCGAACUGGAAGUAGCAUCUAUGGAAGUCUAAACACGCUUCAGGAUAGUCUUGAGUUCAUUAAUCAGGACAGUAAUACAUUAAAGCCAGACCACAGCACAAUUAUGAAUGGACUCCUUGGAAACAUAGGUCUUUCACAGCUUUGCAGCCCCAGGCGGGCAUUCUCUGAACAAGGUCCGCUCCGCCUGAUCCGGAGCGCCUCUUUCUUUGCAGUUCACAGCAACCCUAUGGACAUGCCAGGGAGAGAACAGAGUGAGGACAGAGACAGCGGUAUAGCCAGAUCUGCAUCUCUUAGCAGCCUACUCAUCACUCCAUUUCCAUCUCCGGGUUCCUCGCUUACCAGAAGCUGUGCCAGCAGUUACCAAAGACGUUGGCGUCGCAGUCAGACGACAAGCUUGGAGAAUGGGGUCUUCCCUAGAUGGUCUGUAGAAGAAAGCUUUAAUUUGUCAGAUGACAGCUCUGGUCCCAACCCAGGGAUUGUUAGGAAGAAGAAGAUCGCCAUUGGGGUGAUAUUUACACUCUCAAAGGAUGAAGAUGAAAAUAGCAAAUUUCAUGAAUUCUUUUUCUCACACUUCCCUCUCUUUGAGAGUCACAUGAACAGACUGAAGAGUGCAAUAGAACAGGCUAUGAAAAUGAGUCGGAGAUCAGCUGAUGCCAGUCAACGGAGUUUGGCCUAUAACAGGAUUGUAGAUGCCCUAAAUGAGUUCAGAACAACUAUUUGCAAUCUCUAUACCAUGCCACGGAUUGGGGAACCUGUCUGGCUGACUAUGAUGUCUGGGACACCGGAAAAGAACCAGCUUUGCCAUCGUUUCAUGAAGGAGUUCACUUUCUUAAUGGAGAACGCCUCUAAAAACCAAUUCUUACCAGCUCUGCUGACUGCGGUUCUCACUAAUCACCUGGCCUGGGUCCCCACAGUUAUGCCAAAUGGGCAGCCACCUAUAAAAAUCUUUCUGGAAAAGCAUUCCUCCCAGAGUGUGGACAUGUUGGCUAAGACUCAUCCAUACAACCCGCUGUGGGCACAGUUAGGAGACUUGUAUGGGGCUAUCGGAUCACCUGUGAGACUAGCAAAGACUGUCGUAGUUGGCAAAAGGCAAGAUCUGGUGCAGAGGUUGCUUUAUUUCCUCACUUACUUCAUAAGAUGCUCUGAGCUCCAAGAGACACAUCUUCUAGAAAAUGGAGAAGAUGAAGCCAUAGUCAUGCCUGGAACCGUUAUUACUACCACAUUGGAGAAAGGAGAAGUGGAGGAAUCGGAGUAUGUGCUUGUCACAAUGCACAGAAAUAGAGGCAACUUGUUAUCUUGGGAGUCCGAGGAAUUGAGAACUUCUAACUGUAGUUGUAAAUACUGCAAAGGCCCACUUCCCCUAGGGCCAAACAUAGAGGCUGCUUCACAACGAGAGAGAGAAGAUGCACAAAAUGCCGCUAAGGUAGAGCUGGAAACUUCUUUAGAGGAAAGCAGAACAACCUCAGCUGCUGACUGCCAAGAAGACCCUGUUGAUGUUAAGCAUUGCAAAGAUAAUUUGAGAUCCUGCCUGGACACCAAGGUAGAGACAGUAGUCUGCAUGGGGUCAGCUCCAGUGGACAAAUGUCCACUGGCAGAAUCUGGAUUAGAGCCAACUGCAGACAUCUGGAGGACCGAGGAGUCACUGGAAUCUGGUACCCAAGCCCUCAGUGUAACAAGAUCCACAGGUAUAGUUGUGGAAAAGAAGCCUCCCGAUAAGCCCUUGUCUGACGCAUUCCCUUGCAAUUCAGCUGAGGCUCAGACAAAGGUGACUUUUCUGAUUGGUGAUUCUAUGUCGCCUGACUCGGACAUCGAACAGAGAAGUCAAGCAGUAGCGGAACAAAUUACUAGGCAUCACAACCAGCCAGCAAUGAAGGAAGGAGUGGCUGCUGACCAGAACUGCGAAGCAAAACAAACCAUCGAGGACCAAACCAGAGACUGCAGGACAUCUGAACCGUUCCCUCAAGUUGCCAGCAAGCAUCAGACUUGGAAUCCAAAUCCUUACAGUACUGAGAGCUCGAGUCUUUUUGAUGAGUAUUUUACUGAUGAUGGUUCGAUUGAAACCCAAACUAUUGAUGAUAUUCCAGUGCGAGCAACUACAGACAUUCUAGAUCAAAGCAGUAGUUUAACAUUUUCUAAAAAACUGUGUACACAGAACAGCAAACAACCCAGUGAAUUUUGUAAGUUCAUGGAAUCUGUUCGCCAAGAGACAUGCAAAAACUGCUUUGCUGAGCAGGACCAAAAAGACAAAGUCGCUAUUAGUGUCCCCCAUGGGGAUAGAGAAAAUGUAGAGAAAAAAGUUGCCCCAGCAAUUGACUGGGACAUUCCGAGAAAUGAGAGCUCAGAUAGUGCCCUUGGCGAUAGUGAAAGUGAAGAUACGGGUCACGAUCUAACUAGACCAAGCAGCAACUAUUAUGGGGGAGAGCAAGAAGAUUGGGCAGAGGAAGAAGAGAUCUCUUUUCCUGGGUCAAAAUUAGUUGAAGUGAACUCUGUCCAGCCCAGUAUUGCCAAUUUUGGAAGGUCCUUGCUAGGUGGCUACUGUUCAUCUUACGUACCUGACUUUGUUUUGCAAGGAGUAGGAACUGAUGAAAAACUGAGACACUGUUUGGUGUCAGAUUUGUCGCAUGCUGUUCAGCAUCCUGUCUUGGAUGAACCGAUCGCAGAGGCUGUCUGCAUUAUUGCAGACGUGGACAAGUGGACAGUGCAAGUGGCCAGUAGCCAGAGGCGGAUGAUUGACAAUAAACUGGGAAAAGAGGUGUUAGUCUCCAGCCUUGUCUCCAAUCUGCUUCAUUCCACUCUUCAGCUUUACAAGCAUAACUUAUCUCCAAAUUUUUGCAUCAUGCACCUGGAAGAUCGGCUACAGGAACUGUAUUUCAAAAGCAAGAUGUUGUCUGAAUAUCUCAAGGGCCAGAUGCGAGUUCAUGUUAAGGAGCUGGGCGUGGUGCUGGGGAUUGAAUCCAGUGACCUCCCUUUGCUGGCAGCUGUAGCAAGCACUCACUCUCCAUAUGUUGCCCAGAUACUACUUUAAAAUGCCAAAGGGCACGGACAUUCACUUUUUUUUUUCCUGGAAACAAAAUGGAAGGCAAGGAGACAAACAUGAAACGUACUUGUUCCAACUCCUUUUUGCUUGAGGCAACUGAAAUGAACAGCUUGCCAAGCGGACUGGGUCUCCAUAACUGACUGCACAUUAUGCACACGCAUGGAGACUACUUGUAUUUUUUUUCAUUCUCCCACUUGGCCAUUCAUUUAAAAAAAAAAAAAAAAAAAUUCAAAGAAAAAAGACAGCCUGAAAAGCCUGAGAUUCUGAGUAGUGAAGAAAACCCAAGAUCGUGGAGAAAGCUGAAGAACUGAAUAUAGUUUGGGAAAUUUCUCAAGGAUGGCUAAUUACAUGUGGCUAAAAGUGGGUAGCGCAAGGAAGAGCUGCUUUGUAAUGAUUUACAAUGCUAUCGCUGGUAGCAGACUUAACAGGAGAAGGAAGUAGCUGCCUUGAGAUUUGUCUUCUCCUCUUCCAGGAAUGUAUUAGAAGUGUUGGUUUUCAAGCCUCAACGAUUUGUAAACAACUUCUACUUUUUCAUUACGCAGUGAAAUUCUGGAUAUUUCUCAGAGGAAAAGCAAUUUUUGUAAACAGCUUAUUACUGAUACUCGGCUCUGAAAUUCAUUUGUAAUCGUUCCUAGGGGAGGGAGAGGGAGCCAACAAGCAACCUAGCAAACAUCAUCCUGUUUCCUUUUCUUGGCUUGACAUUGUAACUGGUAUUGAAUGUUUAUAAUGUUUAGAUGUCUCUUUAUACUAAGUGAUGCUCUUGUUUCAAGACUUAUGAAAAACAGAAAGAAUUCAAUUUAUAACCACCACUGCAACCAAAAAAGUUUAGAGAGAAAGUUGAUUAAAAUUUCCUGGCGGUGUGCCCAAAAUGGCACUAGUAUUACCUCUCACUACUUUUUUACAGUAUAUAAUAUUCUUGCAACAUCCUAUUGUUUAUACAGCAGUUGGGCAGCGGGUGAAAUAAGCUAGAAAUAAUUGUACCAAAGCAUUGGAGGAAAAAAAAUACACUAUUACCCUUAAUUGCUCAGGUAGCUAAUUGCUAUAUUUUUUAAAGUAAUUCUACAGAUGCGGAUACUGACUACACCAUUGUGUAGUAAUAUCAAAAUUAUUUUUAGACAAAAUAUCCCCAUGACGGAAAUUAUCUUAAUCCCUUUUCUACCAACUUGUAACUACCAACAAGAAAUGCUGUCCAUCCCAUUCUCAGCAUUUCUCUUUCAUUUCAUUCAUCGUUGUCAUUGUAUAUACAAUUGGUGUAAGAACAGCUGAUGUGGAACCAAUCUGCUGUAAGUAAUGUAAAUAUGCAGUGGGUGGGUGGAUUGUGCUUUCAAAAGGAUCUACUACCUCAGUUUAACUGGACCCUGCAUUAUGUGCUUCUUUGCUUAUGUGUCCUAGCAGCCACUUUAUGUUGUUGAUUAUAGAGUUAAUUUCCAUUGACCAUUUUCAGCAUGCAAGAGUUCAACCAUGUCUCAACAAUGAAAUUGAAAGGUACUUCUUCACUCAUUAGGUAAACUAUAUUUACCAUUAGACACAUACUGCGUUAUUUUUGUGACCAUUUCUUCAGCGAUGUAAUGUGCUCUUGUGGUUUUGCCGACUUGUGUUAAAUACAAAACUAUUUCCCUCCCGUCUCAAACUUAAAAUUCCAACCCCACUGAAGUCAACGACAAAGUGUGUCACUGACUUGACUGGGGCCAGGAUGUCACCCAAUAUAUUUGGCAGUAAUAUUAAAAAUCAAAACUUAAAUAUGAGGCCCUGCAAGGGCAGACCUGUGCCAUUGUCCUGAAGGCCUGGCCUGGGGUCUAAGUGUGAUAGGGAGCCUAACUCAAACAUAUGGGCAGUGUGGUUGAAGAAAGCCUGUCUGCAUGUGCUAACUGCAGUGCUAACUGCUGCAGGUAGGUGACUUACAUUUCAGCUUCAGAAUAUUUCUCAUUUGACUUCCCCUUUAAUGUCCCCUUUUUACCAUUUUAGUAUUUUGCAUCAAGUUGUAGAAAGAACCCAAACAAGUGGGUAAGGGCCCGAAUGUAGCAACACGCAUGUCGGUAACGCAAGAUUGGGCUCUUAGGAAUUUUAAGCUAUCCUUGCUGUAACGGAUGAUAUAGGCAAUCAUUGGCAUUCUGAACAUCAUUCAUAUUUUGUGGUUAAUCUGACCAUGUUAGUGCUAUUGGGCUCAGUAUAACAAGGUGUCAGCAUUUGGGACCUGGAGCAUGAAAGCACUUGAGCAUGUUAACUUGAAGUCUGUGUUGGUACCACUGGCUUCCUUGAGAUAGCUCGAGUGUUCAGUCGAGCAUGAUUGCUGGCUCUGCCACCGUGCUGAGUGCCUUCUAUGAUUAGGUCUGUAAUGAAUUAUUUCAGGCAAAUGCUAUGUUCUCCUCCUCCUAGUUGUCCUUAGGUCAAUCAUGGUAAUUAUCUUAAAUUCAGUUUGACCUGAAGAAAUAGGUGCCCUCUGCUAGCUUGAAAUUAAUACUGCUUGAGAGAGAGGAGUUUGUUAUUUUUAAUUUUAGGCAGUUCCUGGAGCUCUAAACCCCCUGGACUGUCCACACAUUAACACCUUAAAGAGAUUUUAAGCACUUACGCGGCUUAAAGUAAUGCCACUCCAGAGUAAGAUUAUCUCUGAUCCGCACUAUCCAGCUCCCACUCCACUAAGGUGUGGCCACUCCCCACAGAUAUGCUGCCCAAGUUGAAGACCUCCAGUAUCCCAGGGUCUCUCUCACCAGUUCUCUAGUGGCAACUCACAACUACAGCUCCUAGUCCUGGUCCUGCUCACCAGACCUCCAGUGGCAAGUCACAGCCAUGCAUGUGGGGGACAGUCAGAGAAGGUUUCUACAUGUAGGAUGUAUGUAGACGAAAUGGGGGCCCUAAAUUGAAGCGGUGGGUUUUAUAAAAACACCGCUUCAAUUUAGGGUCGAUUUUAAACCCCUGUGUCAUGCACACACCCCGCUGAUUUACCUGCUUCUCCGGCGGGGAGGGGAGGGUGAGCUGCUGAUGGGCAGAGCAGUCAUUGGGCUGGGGCGGUGGGAGGCUGAUGUUUCCCUGUGCAGCAGUGGCGGCCCCCCCCAGCAGCACCCGCCCGCAGGCACCAGGCUUGGGCGGUCCUGGGGGGGCACCGCAGCCAUGGAGGGAAGCACCAAGACCAGGCCCCCACAUAGCUCAGGCUGGCAGGCUCGGGGGGAGGAGGGGAAGAUGAGGCUCGCUGCUUUUUCUUGGGUGGAGUCCACUUUCCCAGGCUGCUGCCAAGCUGCAUAAGGGCUUCCUGCAGAGCUGUGGAGCUGCGCAGAUCCCGGUGCUUCAGUCUGCAGCUGUAGGGGCAGCAAAUAAAACUCCUCGGAGGAGUUUUAGUUUGCUGAGCCCCAAGUCAUUUCAGGCGCGUUAUGCUGCCGAAUAUCCUACAGUGGCUGGAAUUAAUGCGCAAUACGCCGCCAAAGCGUGCAAACACCGACACCAUUAAAGCAGUACAAAAGUAUUUAACCUGCUUUAAAGUAUCGUGCACACAUGCCCCUCAUUUCGUCUACACAGCCUAAGGGUCUGACUGCUCCAAACUAGCACUAACACUGAUCAGCUGUUGCGCAGCUCGCAGCAUCGAGUGUAGCGAGGGCCAUUCAGUGAAUUGUGCUCUUCUGCCCAAGUGACCCCCCGAGACCAUUCUAAUGCGAUCGUUUGUCGGUCAGUCCUGUGCCAAGUGGCCACACAUGCGGCUUCACCAUCGUGCUCUUGCACUGUAGCCGUUGGAUCACCAGUACUAGUUCCCCGUGUGACCCAAGUACUUGAGCUUUGGGGCUAAAAGUUAUUGACCCUCUUCCUAACAGUAUUGCCAAUGAAACGUUAGCAUGAUGGGAAGUUUUCCUUUAACUUAACUAUUAAGGUACGUGAAAAUGGUCCGUACACCUGUUGUUUGCAUAUGUUUUUUUUAAAAAGGGAUCUUUAACAGAGCUAUAGGGUUGAUUUUUUUUUUAAAUGUAUCAACUUUUAUGUACAUAGAAAACUAAUCCAUUUUGUUUUUCAAUAUUCCCGAUGUUCAUUAAGAUGUCUUAAUUUUCAGGUGGAAAACAUGAAGUGUACUAGACACACAAACUAGCAAAAUUAUUUUAGUUGCAAUUGGCAAAGAUGGGGCUGCUAAGAACAAAAACAAAACAAAAUAAUAGGAGUCUACACCUUGCACACACUUUCCCAAGUCAUCGUUAUAGAUGUUUUAUGACAAUUUUUUUGCUUUCUCUAAAUUAUUUAGAUGGUGGUAUGUGUACAAUGCUGGGUAAAAUGUACAUACUUGUUAUCUCCUUUGGUUUUUUGUAUAUAUUUCCCAAGAUGUGCACUUGUAUUAUAAUAACCAUUCCCAAUUUCAGGGGAAACUUUGUGCAAUAAAUACAGUUAUGUCAAUUUA